AUGGCAAAGUUCUUCCCCUACCUCUUCCUGAUAGCUUCUUUCCUUCUCAAAGCCACCCUGUCUCAAGAAAUAACAAACUGGGUGAGAAUCGACUGCGGAUCACAAACAAGUCACGUUGAUGAAAAUGGACUUCUAUGGCAAACUGAUGAAGGAUUCAUUAAAACAGGUGAAAAUAGAAUAAUAUCUCAAAAUAGCAAGAUUGUCUUAGACCAAUUAAAGACAUUAAGAGUGUUUAAAGAACAGAACAAGAACUGUUACAAUUUGCCUGCACCAACAUUAGACAGGUACUUUAUUAGGGCUAUGUUUCACUAUGGAAACUAUGACGGUCUUAACAAUCCACCAAGCUUUGAUCUUCAAUUUGAUGGAAAUAAUUGGGUUACUGUUGAGACUUCCUUGUCCGAUACUGUUGAAUGUUGA